AUGGGAUGGCUUGGACUGUUAGCUAGCCGAUUGGACUGGGCUAGAGGGAAUUGGCUGGGUGCCGGGCUAUCCACUCCCGGUGGACUUGCUCUAAAGGAAUUCAAAAAAAAGAAUAAAAAGAAACCAAAAAGCGGCGCCCGCCACAACUGCUCAGUUAUAAAGGCUGCAGCUGCUGCUGCCUCCUCUAUCGUGCUGACCCGCAUUGGCUUCAAUAAAGGAUUUAAGUUCAUUCAAAAAAGACAAACCCGAGAGGGCCAACCCGAAUCCGAAUUAACCAAAGAACGCCGUCCGCUCCCACCGCUGACUUCGCCGGAGAAGCGGACCGUGUUCCUUGAUCUCGACGAGACACUGGUCCAUUCCGUGACGGGCCCGCCGCCCAAGAAAUUUGACUUCGUCGUACGGCCGAAGAUUCGCGGCAAAAUCAUGACUUUCUACGUCGUGAAGCGUCCCGGCGUGGACGAGUUUUUGGAGAAAUUAGGGAACAAGUACGAGGUGGUUGUGUUCACGGCCGGGUUGCGCGAGUACGCAACGCUGGUGCUAGACCGGCUGGACCGGAAGCGGGUGAUAUCACACCGUCUCUACAGGGACACGUGUACGGAGAUAAAUGGUAGGUUCGUGAAGGACUUAUCCGGAUUGGGGAGGGACCUGAGCCGACUGGUGAUCGUCGACGACAAUCCCAACGCGUACUGCUUCCAGCCGGAGAACGCGGUCCCAAUCCGGCCGUUUGUGGACGACGUGGCGGACCGGGAGUUGAGGAGGGUGCUGGAGUUCUUCGAGGACGAGGAGACUCGCAGUUGUGACGACAUUAGGGACGCCGUGAGGCGGUUUGUUGGAUAUCACGAGUCGAUAACUUCAUCAUCUGAUGACGACGACGGUGACGACGAUGGUGAUGGGUUGGAGUUGGAGUUGGAGUUGAUGGACGCCACGUGUAAGCUUCCGGUGCUGAUCGUUUCAUCAAAAGCGCGGGAAAUCACGAGUCGACGUAAAUUUCAGCCUUUUGGAAUUCCCAUUUUGGAGUUUCGGACGAGGAUGGUGGUGAUGUUCUGUUUGUUUCUGCUACUUCUUCAUGUAAUGUGCUUUCGCAGAGCAUCAGUCCACACUUUUUUCUAA